CUGCUGACUCAUUGCAAGGGACAGGACAUGUCCCUGUUGGUUCACCAGCAAGAGUCUUUCCUUCCCGCCUCAGAUUUAAGUCACUUUCCUAGCUUACCAGCUACCAAGACAUCUCACCAUGCUGAGUGUGAUCAUCGGUGCUGCAAUAGGAGGAGCUGGGACUCUGAUUGCUGCUCCCAUAGCCCUGGGUGCUGUGGGCUUCACUGGGGCAGGAAUUGCAGCAGGAUCCAUAGCAGCCAACAUGAUGUCAGCAGCAGCAAUCGCCAAUGGGGGUGGAGUUGCAGCAGGAAGCCUGGUAGCCACACUGCAGUCUGGGGUUGUUGGAUUCUCUAUAACAGCCAACACCAUCCUGGACUCUGUUGGAGCUGCCAACGGAGCCUUGCUUUGAACUUAGGAGAUGACACUUCUACAGUUGAACCCAAAGCCUAUUAGUACUAUUCAUGAGACAGUGUACCCUAAGAUGAUCCUCCAAAUCCCUCAUUGAAGUCAGAGAAAGAUGAAAAAUAAAGGUUAUAUGCUGGUA